UUUUUCUGUAUAUCUGCAUAUAUAUACUUGUGUGACCUAUGCCUACAUAGCUACCAACCUAACACAGGGAAAGGGUCAAUUGCAGACAUCAGUGGUUGCAUAUUCUACACUGUUCAAAACCAGUCAAUGUAGAAGGAGAAUGCAUGUCCAAUUGCCUCUUAUUUUAUUCCCACAUCACUAGCUUGCUUAAUUAUUCGUCUUCGUCCUCUCACACAGCAGUGUUUCGUAUCAAUCUUAUAGUGCUCCAUAUCAUUUUUGCCCUCAUAUCCCUAGCGCCUUCUUUCUUCCCCUCUCCUACUUCUGCUUGCACGACUCUGAUCCAAUCCUCGCAGUGUAUAGAGAUAGAUACUGAGCUACUAUACUUAGUAGAAGGUAAGAUGAUAACUAGGGAGGAGGUAGAGAUCAUGGGAGCUGUGAAAGACAAGCAGGAGCUAGUUGAGAUCCUCGAGGACGACGGGAAGAGAUCCAUAGAUGGGAGGCCGCUGGACCUCAACGAGAGCGUCGAUGUGGAGAGUGAGGAAGGAGAAGUCGGCGACGAUGAAGACGACGAGGGCGACCAGGAGGACGAUGAUGAUGAUGGAGGUAGCACCACCGAUGUUGCUGGGAGCAGGAGCUCUAGCAACAACAGCAACACCAACGAUGCUUCGGAGAUCCAAAACGGUACAGGGAGCGGCGUACACAGGGUGCCGUCGGUGCGGCCAUACAACCGGUCGAAGCUGCCUCGGCUCCGGUGGACUCCCGACCUCCACAUGGCCUUCGUCCACGCCGUCGAGAGGCUUGGUGGACAAGAGAGAGCGACCCCUAAGCUGGUACUUCAGAUGAUGAACGUUAGGGGACUCAGCAUUGCUCAUGUAAAAAGCCACCUGCAGAUGUACAGAAGCAAGAAGCUAGACCAUGAAGGUCGCCUGAUUAGGGGAGCCAACUCCUCAGUAUUUUCUCCUUUGGAUUUCCACUCGAUGAGAGGCGAUCGACGGUUCCACGACAUGUUCCUCCAAAGAGCUGCCGUGCUCUCCUCGAGGGCGGACAACGGCGGCUUAUUCGCGUCGCGAAACGGCGGCCUCCCGAAUACUACUAGCCGCCUCUACGGGAUUCUCCAACACCACCACCACCGGCCGUCUCCGGUGCAAACAUUCGGCUACAAGAACUGCAGUUUCGGGAAUCAAGAGUGGGCGUUCAGCCAGCAUGACAUGAUUUCCAGAAAGGAUGUGAAGGCGUCGUCGUCCUCCACCAUGCCGCACUUGUUCGCGUCCUCGUCGUUGAGGAGGUGGCCGUUAACCUCCGUGGUUGCCGGCGCCGGUGAGGUAAGACGAGAUGAAAGCUUCGGUUAUUUUACCGGAAGCAGCUCUAGGACACUGUCUACGCCCAUGGCGCCGGCGAUGUCGACAGUUCCAGGGGGAGGCAACCAUCGUCUCCCGUUUAGAUGGUACGGAGGAGAUGGCGGCAACGGCGCUAAGUCUACAUCGUCAGAUCCCGUGGUGAUCGACGAAGCCCUAGAUUUCCGGCUCAAGCAGAAGCAUCUGGAACCGGGUACUCCGACCACACCGGUUUACGAGGUGCAUGGUAAGCGGCCGCCGGAGACGCCAAACUUGAAGCUCAGCUUGUCCCCGGCCACGGUAGACACUACCGAUGGGAUAUUGAGUACGAAGAGGAAGAAGAGCUCCGCAUCAACUGAGCAAGAGAUUGAGCAUGGCAACAAGCUCUCGAUUUCGCUCUCGCUCUCACCACCCGCAGCUUCCAUGCACAUGCAGCGGCAGGAAAAGACAAGAGGGGGCAGCGUGGAGGCCGCUCUGGGACAGAGUACUUUGGAUCUGACCAUGUCGAUCAGGGCAUUGGAGUGAGAUCUUUCAAGUACUUUGUGUCAAGGGCCUUCCAAAAAUUGCACACUGCACCAUGAGAUCAAAUAAGAUUGUUAAUUUAACUUUUGUCUCCACCAGUACAUAUGGGGAUAUAUGUCAUGAUUGUUGGUAACUGUGUCUAUGGACUGCCUCUCAAUAUGUGGCCACAUGAUCCAUGCCCUGCUCUCUUGUGAGAGCAUCUUUGGGACGCUAAACCUACCAGAGAUAACUAGAUAAAUUAUCCACUGCA